AUGGCCGACACCAGCAUGCGAGUCAGUGGGGGAGCUGUCAGAUUUGGGGCCACCUAUGGCGGCAACCGUCUGUUCUCCGGGGCGAGGGGUGCUGGAGGCUCUAGCGCAGCCCUGUCACGCUCGCUGGGUUUGGCUAGGGGAGCCGGAGCUGGCCUUGGCCUAGGUGGAGGGCUUGGUUUGGGUCUAGGAUUGGGUGGAGGCUUGGGGCUUGGCGCUGGUGCUGCUGGAGCCGGUUUUGGCCUGGGUGGUGGUUUGGGCCUGGCUGCUGCUGGGGGUGCCAGAGCAGCGGGCUUCAGAGCAGGUGUGGCCCCACUGAGGGCUCGCCUAGGUGGCCGUGUCUUCAAGAUCGGAGGCUAUGGCUUCAACCCAUCAUUCCUCAGCUCCACCACCACAAUAGAUGCAGGUGUCAGUCCGGUGCCAAGCAUUGACCCCACACUGCCAUCCAUGGACACUGUGCAGGUCACCCGCAUGAAAGAAAAAGAAGAGCUUCAAGCCCUCAAUGACAAAUUUGCCUCAUUCAUCGAUAAGGCUCGGUCCCUGGAGCAGCACAACGCUGUUCUGAAAGCCAAGAUAUCCAUGUUCACCAACCCAGAGCAGGGUGGCCCCGCCAGCACCUCCAUCCUGCUUACCUCAGCAAUCGGAACCUACAAAUCCCAGAUUGACAGCCUCACUGCCACCAAAGAGGCCAUCAUUGCUGAGAUUGAGCACUACAAAGGCAUCAUUGAUGAUGUACAAGCCAGAUAUGAAGAGGAGACAGCUCAGACCAAAUCUCUAGAGAUGGACUGGACCACAUUAAAAGAGGAAGUGGACAACCUGUAUCUUGCCAUUUUUGAGCUCCAAACCAACAUUAGUGGCCUGGAAGAUCAGAUUACUCUGUCCAAGCAGGUGUAUGAUGCUAAAGUGACGGAGGUGAGGAACAUUGUGACUGGCAGUGUGAAAUCAGCGGUCUCCAUCUCAGUAGACAACGCAGCUCAAGCCCAGGACCUGACGUCUGCCCUGACUGAAGUUAAAGCCCACUAUGAAACUCUGGCUCAACGCAGCAAGCAGGAUGCCCUCCUCUCCGUGCAGGACAGUCUCUCCAUGAUGACCGUAUCAUCCCAGCCCAGUACUCAGUCCCUCACUGCAGCCAAAGAGGAGCUGCGAGUCUACAAGCUGCAGAUCGACUCAGUGCAGAGAGAGAUUGACCGGCUCAAAUCACUGAAUGUCCAGCUGGAGUCUCAGGUGGACGAAGCUGAAUCUCACACAAACACCCACACUGAGACAUACCAGGAACAAGUGGUCGCCCUCAAGUCCCAGCUUGAUGACCUCAGAAAGCAAAUCACACAUUAUGGACAAGAAUACCAGGAACUCCUGGCCAGCAAAAUGUCUCUAGAUGUUGAGAUUACAGCCUACAAGAAACUCCUGGACAGUGAGGAAAACAGGCUGAAGUCUGGAGGAGGUGUCACAGUUCACAUGUCUAAGACAACAGUAGGAGGAGGAGCAGGUGGUGCUGGAGCUUUAGCCCUGGCUGCAGGAGCAGGAGGUCUGGGAGGAGGUGCAGGCCUCGGUUUGGGAGGAGGAUAUGGUCUUGGCCUGGGCCUGGGUGGGGGUCUAGGAGGAGGUCUGGGAGGAGGUCUGGGAGGAGGUCUGGGAGGAGGUCUGGGAGGUCUUGGAGUGGGACUGGGAGGAGGGUUCGGUGGAGGAUUUGGAGCAGGUGGGAGCAGCUACAUGUCUUCCAGCCUGAGCAGCAGUGCACUCUCUUCCAGUGUUUACUGAAGAAAAACAGUCAUCCUGCCUCUUUGCUCCACUGAAUAGCACUGCAUCACCAUACCAGUGACAACGAGGGAACAAGCUACACAGAACACAGAGAACAUUUGCCCAGUUAUUGCUUCCUAAAAGAAAUCAGUUUGAGAAGCGUUUGCAUUUUUAUGUGGCUCCAGAUUCAAGACCUCUGUAAUAUUGUAAGAUUCUAUAAAAUAUUAUACUUCCAGAUUCA